AAAAGUUAAUAACAAAUAUGUAUCUAUCUUUUUGAAUAACAUAAAUUAUACGAAUAAAAACUAUAUUGAAUAAAAUGUAAAAAUAUUGAGAAAUACCUACAAAAAUAAAAAAAUUGUGUACAAUCCCUAUGCAUAAAUAUAUGUACAUAUGUAUGUAUGUAGAUACCAACUCGACACAUGUGACAACAUAAAUCAAUAAUAGUUUUAUUUCUUAAAGAAAUUGCAUUUAAAAAAAAUUAUAAAAUAAACUAAUUCAAAAUUGAUCUAUAAAAGAAAUCAAAAUCAUGAAAAUAAUUGAUGUACCUAUAAAUAAUAAUAAUAAUACAUACAAAUAUAUCUACAAGUAUUAAGUAUAUACAAAAUAAGAAAAUUGAAUAGUAAAUUUUCGAGAUAUUAGUGUUUUUUAUCAACGAAUAUGGCUUUAUCAUUUUCAUCUAAUUAUAAUGCUGACUUCACGGAUACAAUGAGGUAUUUCUCGGAUUCUGAUGAAUUAGUUUAUUCAAAACAACGAAGUAUACACAGUACAGAAAUAUUGAUGCUAACAAUCUAAUCAAAUCAAAUUAAAGAACAAAGUAUAAACGUGUUGCAAAAUAGCAAAAUACAUGCCUUAAAAGUAAAGUUCAACAAGAUCUUAGAUAUCCUCAAAGCACGCGAAAUAAAUUUUAAAUCGAAAAUAAAACGUAUACGUCAAUUAACUAUAUUUCGAAUACUAUCGACUUUAAAUAACAAUUCGUGAGAAAUUCGUUUUAGCAAAUUUAAUAAUAAAAAUACAAAUAAAUAGUUAACAAUAUGGAUACAUUUAUGGAUUAUAUGCAAAACAUGGAUUAUGUGUCGUUUAUGUUAAUCUGUGCACCUAUUGUUGCGGUUGUUAUUUCUGGAAUAUUAGCUAUAUGUACAACAAAAAAUGACACUAUGCAACGUAAUAGUAGCAAACGAUGUCAUACUUCCUCAUCAAAACCUCACAACUGUAAAAAUGAUACUUUGGAUUCGGGUACUUCUGGAAAUGGUAAAAAUCAUCAACAUUCGACCAGCACAAGUGAAAAGCAACGCAAAUCACGAGGUGCCAAUAAAAGACACGUUUUAACAAAUAAUAACACAACUGACCAAGAGUCGAGGACCACAUCAGGAUUUAAAUUUAACAAUUGGUUACAAAGUGAUAUGUACUACUACGAGAGACAUUUCAUAUCUUCUUCCGCCGAAGACAAAAUGGCUACAUGUCAUAAUGCAGCUCAUCGUAACAGUAUAUCUAGUGAAGCAGGUGGUAGUGAUGAUUUAAACUGUAGCUCCAGUAAUGAGGAUUUGUGUUCAACGUAUUCAGUGCGCGCAAAUUCAUCAAAAAAGGCAACAAAACAGAGACAAAAGAAACACCAGAAACGUAAUCAACACCAUAUUACCAUGGAUGCUACUAACAUUAGCACAAAUGUCAAACUCAUGGAUACUGAUGAGGAAACUAUAGAUAAUGUUAAACCUAAUGGAGUAAAACAGAUAUCAACCAAUGGCGCAUUAAACUUAAGAAAGCAAUGCACAAAAGCUGCCGCUUUGAAGGCGGUUUUGAAUAAUAGAAAAAUAUCAAAGUCGUACAUUCAAGGCCUAAGCACUUUGGAAUUGAAUUCGCCUGUUCGUAGUUCCUUGUCAUCCGCUUCUUCAACAACAUCUAUAAACUCUUCAGUUUCGUCAUCGGCUUCAAGCUCACCAACAAAUUCAGUCAAUUCCUCACCCACUGCAUCGCCAACUGCUUGUAAGCGUAACACGGAUAUUUUAAAAAAAUCUGCAAAAUCGUUGAUAUCACCUUUGAGACAAUUUACCAAAUUGAACAUGAACGAACAGGAAAUGGUUCAACAAAUGAGACGGUAUGUAAUCGAUCCAAAUCUUCUAAGAGUAUUCGGCUUCCCUGUAGAAUCAGUUCACAAUGAGGGUAGCGUUGAUAUUUUCAAAUGUUUGCCAAAACAUUUGGCCGAGGAAGCUGUAACUAAAGACAAUCAACGUCAUCAUUGUCAUUUUUAUGGUCGGAAAAAAUCUGACGUAAUCAAUAAAAGUGAUGAUUUUUAUUCGAGUUCCUGUGGGCAACAAUGGUAUGCUAACAGUUCAAUCGAUUCGGGCCAUGGUUCUGAUGAAUCUAGUCCCCGCUCCACCGACUCCGAUUCAAGUGAAAUUGGUGAAGAUGACGCAAUUGCACCUGUAAUGGCUUUCUAUACACCUGAUGGUGUUUACCAAAUAUUUUCGGAGUAUUGUAAUUCCAUAGACAAACAAUGUGUGCGGUGUUCCAAAAUGUUCCAAGUCAAUGAAGAAGGCGAGUACUUGUCUUUCGAUUCGUGCACUUAUCACUGGGGUAAACUGAGUAAUGUCUACAACGGCAAAUGCUACACCAAUAUUUAUUCUUGCUGCCAAGAUGAAGAGCUUAGUGAAGGGUGCUCUCGGCAUCCCUUGCACGUUUGGAAUGGUGCUGUAGUAGGCAUAAAUGGCCCGUACACAGAUUUCGUGCACACGCAACACAGGGAGACGAAACUUCACAACUAUACAAAAGUAUAUGCCAUCGACUGUGAAAUGUCUUAUACAGGCUUGGGUUUGGAAGUCACCAAAGUCACUGUGGUGGGCUAUGAUGGCGCCUUGGUUUAUGAAUAUUACGUGAGACCACAAGCCGAAGUAAUCGAUUAUAAUACUCGUUUUUCGGGUGUUUCUGAAAAAGAUUUCUUAGCUGACUCGAAUAACUCUAUUAAAACUUUUGCCGAAGUACAACACGACUUGUUAAACCUCUUCGAUGCCGAUACUAUACUCAUUGGUCAUGGUUUAGAUAAUGAUUUGAGGGUUUUGCGUUUAGUACACAAAACGAUCGUGGACACUUCAGUGAUCUUUAGUCACUCAACGGGAUAUCCAUACAGAAGAUCUCUCAAGAAUUUAACAAAAUCUUUUUUAAAACGUGACAUACAGUGCAGUAAUAUGGGUCACAGUAGCUAUGAAGAUUCCCGAGCCUGCCUAGAGCUAAUGUUGUGGAGAGUGCGAAAAGAUUUACGGCACUGGAAUUACCAAUGAGAACGCAAACAUCUUUAAUGAUUAUAACAAAAACAUAAUUGUGAUCAAUUUUAUGUAUAUAAUUUUAAUUUUUUAAUUCCUAAGAAUCCGGAUAUUGUAAAAAUUUAAUACUUUUGUACGUAUGUUGUAUGAAAGUGUUAAUUAUAAACAAAAUUGAAUUUGUACAUAUAAGAGGGUGGUCAUUCCAUCGGUUUUUUAUGCUAUAUAUGAGUUGUAUUUCCCUACAAUAAUACAAAGUUGCAGCAAUUUUAAAACUAAAACAUCACCAAUCAACACAAGAAAGAAAAGCUACAACUAUUCGAAACGCGGUUGAGAAAAGGAGUCAAAUAAUUGGUCACACUACUAUACAAACGAGUGAAUGAUAUUGUGUGAAUGUGCUAUGCAAAAUAAUUAAUUUUUUAUCUUUAUAUUUAUGUAUUUCAAUUUUUUCUGAAAUAUUAUAGCAGAUUUUGAGUUUACAAUCCCAACUAAUACGAACAUUUUCUGUUCAUUAACAAAAAACUAAUUAUUUAAACGAAUUUUUAAUAAUGUUCUUGAAAAAAUUUAAAUUUUUAUUUAUUAAACUUUUGCUCUGUAUUUUUUAUUUCCUUUUCUCUGGAGAAUCAAAAUCGAAUGCAAUAACUUUGUUCAACUAGAGGCGCAACUGAGAGUAAGCUGAGAGUAACAAUAAUUACUCUCUUCACACGUACUUGUGAUCAGCGUUGCCACCAGCGUUGCCACUCAUAAAAUAUUUUUCUUACCAAAUUUUUAAUUAAAACCUACCAAAACCUACCAAAUUUAUAAUAUUUGAGAAAUGCUGUAUGGAUUCGUUUCAAAAUUAAUAGUUAACUUAAAAUUAUAUAAUUGCUGCUAUAAAAUUACCCACACAGAGAAACCAAAUUCGUGAUGGCAAUCGAAUUUGUUGCCAAUCGAAUGAUUCUACCUUAGUAACCGAAUUUUACAGUUGUGGGUAAACAUUUUUAGAAGGAGUAACAAAAAUUUGGUUAUUUCAACCGAAUUUCUUCUUUAUUAACUGACUUUCUGUUGAAAGAACCGAAAAAUUCUAUGUGUGCAACCGAAUCAUUUGAUUGGCAACAAAUUCGGUUGCUACUACGAAUCUGUUUCUCUGUGCAGAGGAAGAAAGUUAUUUAAUAACACUACAAUCAUAAAUAUGUUAAAAUCGUUCAGUUUUCGAGAUUUUAUUUUUGAGUCGAUUUAACGAUGUCCUUCCGUACGUCUGUCUGGCUGGUUGUCCAUGUAUUUCACAUAGCCCCCAUAUAAAUGUCCUCCAGAAAUAAGACAUUAUCCGUCAUAAAUGCUUGAUUUAUAUAGAUAUUAAAUAACAUUUUUACAAAUAAAUUACACCUAAAAAUUCAAUUCAUAAUUGACCAUAGCUCCCAUAUAAGUCCCGCUUCCGAAAAUUACUUAAACGAGCAUAAAACUCCUAAAAGUGUUGGUAUCCCGAAAAAAUUCAACACAAAUAAGUUUCAUAUAGAAAUAAAUUACGCGUCCUAAUUUCCAUAAUUGGACAUUUAAAGUGUCAGAUGAAACUGAAAUAUUGAAUAAUAACACAUAUUAUUAGAAAAUAAAAGUUUUGAGAGCCCUUUGGCAUUUUUUGAACUCAACACUACUAAAUAAAUACACAUUUACCUGACUAAACUAAAUAUUUAAGAAAAUGCUAUCUUCAUAUUAUAGAAUAUUAUUUUGGCUUAACAUAAGUAGUUUUUUCGUUAUUAUUUUAAUUAUUUUGUUCUUAAAAAUACUUAUGUAUUCAGAAAUAUCGUAGCCUACCAAAAUACGACAAAUAUCGAAACAAACCAACCAAACUACCAGAAGUCAAUUUGUUAACUUGAAACUACCAAUUUUGGUCCAAAGCGGCAACGCUGCUUGUGAUAUGUGAAUUCAACAUACUUUUGAGAGAAUUAAACAUAUCAAAUUACAUGAAAUUUUAACUGUUAUUUUCCGAUUAAAUACAGACCGAACCUCUUUAUUACACUUCUACACAAUAUUUGGCAAAUUCUUUGAAUACUUUUCAGAACACUUUUUUACCGAAACACGUUUAUUUUGCUCUAACGAAAAAAAAUAUUUUUUAUUAAUUUUUGACACUUAAUUUUAUUUGUGGUGGAAUUUAAUUUAUAGAACAGAGCAUAGACAACAACUAGAUAGGUAACUGAGAGCCAAAAACCUAAUUCAUGAGAAUGUAUUGCAUGUAUUUUGUUAUUGUUUCACCCGUAUGUGUGAAAAGAGAGUAAUUUUUCCAUAUAUAUUACUCUCUCCUUCCGUUCUAUGUGUUUAUUCUAUGGAACAGAGUUUAAAUUUUUGGCACUGAAAAUAGAAGAAAAUUUAAAUAAAUUAAAAUUUAAACAUUUUUAUACAACUCUGUGUGUCUGGUGAAAAUUAAAAAGGCACCAAUACAAUCUCAAAACUAUGUACUAAUACAUUCUCACGACUUAGGUUUUUGACAACAGACUUAGGUUUUUUCCCUCUCAGUAACGCUUCUAUGGACAUAGAAUAAUAGUUACUUAGCAUUUUGGUUAGGAAUUCUAAUAAAACAAUUAAAACAAUAAUCUAAAUCAUAAAAAUCAAAAUUGUAUUCCCAUAACCCAAUAAACCAGAGAAUGAUAUGAUAGCGAAAGCGAUAUUGACUUAUUAUUGAAAACGAUAUUAUCAUAAUAUCGUUUUUAAAUAUUGUGCGUCCAAUAAAAUUAAUAAAUAAACCACAAACAUUUGAAAAAACUUCAAACAGAAAAAUAAUUUAAGUUACAAAUUUUCAAACAUACGAAAGCUGAAAACAAAAGUAAUAUUAAAAUAUUUUUCUUUAAUUAAUUAAUACAUAUCUUUAUUGAAACCUCUAUAAAAUAAUUAGUUGCAAUGUUUUGAGGAUUUACUUAAAAGUAUUACAACAAUUAACAACUAAAUAAUUAAAUACAGAAACUGCUAAUAUCACAGUAUUAAGGAAAAGUAGUCUAAAAAAGCUUGUAAACACAUCAAUGUUAUACGAAAUUUUAAAACAACCACCAAUUAUUAUUCUUUAAUUACAAAAGAGUCUCAGUGGAGUCUUAUUUAGAAAAUGUCCAAUUAUAUAAAUAAAUCCCUACAUCUUUGAUAUUUUCGUUUGUACUUAAUUCUCUGAUUAAUUAACAUUUUACUAAUAUCAGAAAUUUCUCGUUGCCAAGAAUGUUUGCAACCGUGUUUUCUUAAAAGCUUCAAUGACAAUAGAUAUUAAUUAAUUAAAAUAAAAGUCUAGAUUACCUGUAUUAGUAACAGGUUGGUCAAUGUCCUGGCACCUAAUUUCAUUUUCCACCCAGCUUCUAAUUACUGACUAGUCUGCAGGAACUGAAUAUGUCAAGGGCUGAAAAAUUGAGACAAGAGUUUGAUAAAAUAAUGUCUACUGUAGACGACUGGACUGGGUUGAUAUUUUGUCCAAAGCGAGUAUGUUCAUUUGGGUAAUAUAUGUAGUGGCUGGAUUAGAGGUAGUGGCUGAAGAGCUCCUUACCAUUAGAAUUGUUUGACAAAAAAGUCUCAUUUGAAAGGAGAAUAUCGGUUUUCCUUUUACGAAAAACUUAUUCCAGCUGUGCAGCUGCUGACUCAGUUGUAAUGUCUUGGGCAUUCCAAUGCAUAACAUAAAUAUUGUGUAAACAUGUUGAAGCAUCAUACCCAAAACUACAACACGAUUGCAAUAUUUUGCUCCAUGUCGAUACAUAGCACACUAAUAAUACACAGAAAUAUUAAAAAAUAUCUUAUUUUCGUACCCCCAUAUGCAUAAACAAUUUUUAAAUUUAUCAAAAGAUUAUAAAACAAAAUUUCCGUACAAAAUUUGAUUUAUUAAGCUUUGAUAAAUUUAAAUGCACUUUAUAAAUAAGGCCUAUCUAUAAUAUCUCUCUUUGAUACAUGCUGACGAUGAAACUCGAUCAGAUAAAGAGCAUAAUUCGUUUAUAUGUAUGAAUACUUAUCUCGAAUUAUUCCAAUAACAAAAUUAAGUAUUUUACACUUUUUAUAUAAUAAUAAACUAAAACUCUUUGAAUUGAAAUUAAGUUUUAUUAAACGAUGAUAAAUUUAAAAUGUUAUUAUGAAUAAAACAUUUAUCUAGAAGUUUCUACAACACAUGCGAGUAAGGUCCUAUUUACAUUGGCAACAUUUCAUGCGAUAAAUCACAGAAACUUGUUUGUUUGUUUGAUUGUUGGCUUGAAGUGUUGAGAAGCUAACGGGGUAGGGAAAGAUGCACGAUGUCGCAACCCAUGCGAUUAUAGGUUAUUUUUCAUGUUUUGCUUUUGAAUUGUUGUUGUUGUCAAAUAUUAAUAUUACAAGAUGCAAGGCACAAAUUAGAUGAGUGUAACCUUUAAAGGUGUUAGGAAUCAUUUUUGAAAGUAAAUACAAAUACAAUUGCUGCGCUUAAUCCCCAAUGUAAAUAGGCUCUAAGCUGGUGAAAAUUGAACAUUUGAUUUCUUAUUGCAACAAAAGCAAAAUACGUAUUUAAUUUUUACUCAGAGAACACGUACGCUUGUGAUAUAGAAACUUAAAUUUCAAUCAUUUGGAGCGAAAUUUUAAGUUAAUUUAAUUAAAUAUGUUUAACAAUAAAAUGUACUGAUUUUUUGCUGUGAUUUUUAUUACACUAUUCGCGCGCUAUUCUCAUUUUUCUGUUGUCCAUUGUGACAUGAAAGAGGAAAAUAGCUUCAAAAAUUACCUUAAAAACCAACAUAACUACCUUUUCUCAUUAUUAUUAUUAUUAUUAUUAUUAUUAUUAUUAUUUUGUUCUUUAAUUUUGAAAUCAACUACGUUUUUUAUACCAAUUUUACAUACUAAUCAUAUCAUGUGCCGAAUAACAUUUUUUUUUUCAUCCCCUUUUAUUAAAUUUAUUUCAUAAUACAUAAGUAUAUACCAACAUACAUAUGUAUAUCAUUAUCAUAUAUACAAAGAAAACUGUUUUGGUUGUGAUAACCGAUUUUGUACCUAUUUUGAAUCAUUCAGUAUUAAUGACAGAAUUUUUCUGUUGUGGCUGACAAAAAUUGGGAUAUUUCAAUCAUAAUUCUUUUUUUCCAAUUAACUUUCUUUAGCUAGAGCCGAUUGGCUAUAAAUUUGGUUAUCACAACGAAUAUGUUAUCUCUGUGUACAUACUACAUACAUAUGUAUGUACAUAUUUACAUAUGUAUAUCAUUAAACAAAUAUGUAAUUAAAAUACAUAAAUUAUUAUAAGUCCUUAAAUUUUUAUUCAAAAGGUUUUAUUCAAAAUAUCAAUCAUUAUUUUUCAAUGUACAAUAUAUACCUGUAGAUAUGUAUGCACCAUUGUGAAUACAUACAUAUGUACAUAUACUAUACAUAGUACUUAUGUAUGUAUGUACAUAUAGACAUAUAGUUUUUAAGUUUUUUGUAUUGUAUUGAACGCUGUACAUACAUAUAGUUAGUCAUACAUAAUUAUCACAGAUUUGAAAAUAUGAUAUUAUUGCAAAAACAAUAAUCAUAAAUAAUGUUCCUAAGUAAAUGAAACAAAUCUUAACAAUUACUCUUAUCAAAUGUGAAAAUAGUGAUAAUUUCUUUAGAAAAUAUAAUGAAAAAACAUGUACCUACAUAUAUAUAUACAUUUUAUUCGUAUGUUUGUUAAUUUUUUUAAAGAAAAAUAAAAUUUUAAUUUAUUAUUUUUUUACUAUAUACAAA